AUGCGUUCGUCCUUUUUGGUCGAGAAUGCCCCUUUGUAUGAUUUAGAAAAGGUGGCUGAUGGUAUACCUCAGUCCCUAUCUAUUCUAUUUGAGGAGCAAUCUGUUGGCAAACGUUCUAGCCUUUGGAGAAGCCAACAAAUUCUUAUUUUCUGCGUGAGUGAUGCUGAGAUUGAGUUAGAAUUUGAAGUUUUUGAGAAGCAAUCGAAGCUAAGAAGAACUGCUAGCCAUGAACAACAGAGGGUCGUUUUUAUUGGUGCUCUCGUCUCCGCCAGGUGUCACCUUUGGUCUUUAAACCUGUUACGGCAGCAUCUUUCGGCCCAGAACUUUGCUCAUGUUUCUAGGUUUCUUCGGUAUCCAUGGGGCAGAAUAGCAUAUGAUUUCUUGGUCCCUCGUACCCAUAAUGCUAGAAAACUUAUAGAUAAAAUGAAAACAAAGCAAAAUAAAUUGAGUGUUGAAGCGUAUGGUUUUGUGCAUGUGUUGCAAGCUUGGAUGUAUGAGAUUAUGCCCUCGUUGGCUGGUUUUUGCGGCAAGCAAGUAAUCGAGCACGAGAACCGAAUUCCUAGAAUGCAGCGUUGGUCAGCAGAUUCUGGUAUUUUGUUCGAGCACCUCUGGCCUUACUUUUUACCUAGAGCAGGAAAUGAUCCGGUCCCAAUCAUCGUAUCAGCCAAGGAAUAUGAGAUGAUGGAUGAGCUCGGUAUUCCUUCAACGAUGCAUCCUGCGUCCCCUACUCUAGUUUUUAAUUCCAAAUCUCUUGUUAGAAAAAGACGGCUAACAUACGAGGACGUCGAAACUUCUGAAAAAACUGAAGCAUUGAAGGGAAGUCCAUUGAAGUCUUCUAGCCGUGGUAAAAAGAAGCUGUUAAGUGGAGAUCCUCCCCCUAGUACUCGAUUGGUUGGAAAAACGGAGCAAAUAGAAACAAAGAAGGGCCAUGAUGUGGAUAAUUACGCAGAAAAUGCAGCACCUACACCUGCAUUAUCUAAAAAUACCGUGAAGAAUAAUAGCAAUCUCUUUGUCAUAUUGCUGAUGAAGUUAAUGGAGAAAGUUGACAAGUUAGACCAGAAAGUGGAGAAGAUAGAUGGCAAAGUUGAGCAUCGAGACACGACUCUACACAAGGUUGUGGUAGCGAGUAUUCGAUCUUACUUUGAUAACCAGGCCACUAGUCAUCAUCCCAAAAAAUGCAAAGGAGAGAAAAAAAAUUCAAUGGAGAAAAUGGGAGAACACAAAAGUAGUGGAAACGUUUGUGCAGUUCUAGGUGAAUCAUCUACAUUUCAGAAUCUUGAUGAUUUGGGUAAUAAAGGUGAUCAACUCAAAGUAUCAAACACUGGAUGGUUCAGUAACGAAUGGUUGCUUGAAGAUCCUUUUGCGGUGCAUGAUUGUAAUUAUCAUGAACCACCAAAGCCGGUUCCUUUAACAGAUAAUCCAGUGAAGAAGUCAUUGAGUGUUGGUGAUUCGAGGACCAAAUCUGAAGGUUUUAAAGGAAAAUCCUUCCUUCCACGCACUAAAGAAGGUCUUGGACACACCAUGAAGACUGAGGCGAUUAGUAGCUUGAAAAUUCCUGGCGAAACAGAAAACUUGCUGCCUUCCCUAAAUUUGGAUUGCACAACGUCGUACAGCAAUGGCAUGCCUCAGAAAACCUCCAUGGAUGCGUUGAAGUUCGACCCUUCGGACUUCGACUUCAACUAUGCCGAGCUCAAUCCAUUCCUUCGAUGGCAAAAAGCAGCUUCCAGUGGUCAUCGCCGAUAUGAUCGGAGGCUUCCGAUUAAAAUGUUGCGUGUCGCCGAUAAUGAGUGGUUUAAUGUUAUCUUAGAACGCAAUGGAUGGCUAGAGAGCGAGCAUAUUAAUGCACUUAUAUAUUUGCUGCUUGUUGAUUUCAACAAAGACGUAUCAAAUCCAAUAGUGAGAGAUUGGUCGUGUAUGGAGAUGGUUUGUUGGUUGGGCUUGCGUAGUGAUAACCUUGAGGAAAUGGUGGGGACAGUGAUGCCGUAUGUCCGUGGCAGUCUGGUGACACAAAUUCAUGAUUAUGCUGUUUAA